UAAAAAAAAUGGCCAACUUCUCAUCCACUUUGCUAGCCAUGUUAUUGUACACCACAGCUCUGACAGUCGCCUUCUCCGCCGUGGAGGGGAGCGUCGACCACCGGCUGAGCUGGCUGCGCACAAUGAGCAGUGGCGGCGGCUGCCGUGGCUCCAUAGCCGAGUGCAUGGCGCAGAACGAUUUCGACAUGGAGUUGGAGAGCAAGCGGCGUAUCUUGGCGACCUCACAGUACAUAAGCUAUGGCUCACUGCAGAGGAACACUGUGCCUUGCUCUAGAAGGGGUGCUUCCUACUACAACUGCAAGCAAGGUGCUGAGGCUAACCCCUACAACCGUGAAUGUUCAAGUAUCACUCGUUGCCGUAGUUGAAGCUAAAAAUUAGUGUUUCUUAAAUCUGUUUCUUUGCUCUC